UAACAUCAGGUCCAGUGUUUGUGUGCCAUUGUAAGAGCACACGGUCUUUGAUGUGACGGUGAAUUAAAUUUUUGUUUUUCAAAAUUUUUUACCCGUGUAAUUAUUAUUGUUUUAAAUAAAUACUGUCUCUCAUAAUGUUUAUAAUUAGUGUAACAAUGCAAUUAUCAUUACAAUAAUUACUAAUUAACCGUAAAUAUAUAUAUUUAAUUGAUAAUACAUCGAGAGUUUGUACUCACGCGUUUAUAUUGUUAUGUAGUUGUUGUAAUAUAUAAGUUUGUGUCGUGUAAAUGAAGAGGCGGCGAAUCCGCGCGGCGGUCGCGUGCUAGUACACUUUUAUAUAUAUAUAUAUUUACUUAUAUAUUACUCUAUAUAACACUUACUAUAUAAAAAAUCUAUCCACAUAUAUAUACAACACUAAUACACAUAAAAUAUAUACUUGUUGUUAUUACAAAACAAACAUAAAAUUUAUUACGUGGUGAAUAUUGGAAUGGCGCGUAAAUGCUGUGUUAAAAAUUGUGAAAUAAAUGGUAGUGAUGUACAUGCUGUUGGAAUACCGAUUCAUAGAUUUCCUAAGGAUCAACAAUUGAAGUGUAAAUGGUUAAAGAACGCUGGUUUUUUGAAUAGCUACAAACCAGUACCCGGUCAAUUUGUUUGCUUCAGACAUUUUUGUAAAAAUGAUUAUGAAAAAGUCAACAAAAAUACAGCCAAUAGUCAUGGGCAUAAAUUUUUGCUGAAAAAAGGCUCCGUGCCGACGGUAUUUGGUGACUAUGACAAUCAUCCAGAUCCCAUUAUUCCAUUUACAAAGUCAUCAGAACUAAAUAAUUCGGUAGAAGAUUCAAAUCCAGUAAAUAGCGAAAUGACACAAAUGGAGAAAGAAAAUUCACAUGAAACAGAAUUACCAAAUUCAAAACCAGAUGCCGGGAAAUCAAAACCAGCUGCCGAAGAAUCAAAGAAAGAAACAUCGAAAAAUUUACCCAUUAAUUCAGAUAAAAAAUCUGAAAGUAUUAAAAAAUCUCCAAGUUCUGAUAACUUAAGUAUACAGAAUACACAAAAUGUUGUUGAUACUGCAGUAGAAAAGAAAGAAUUUACACAAGAUCCUCCAGCGGAACCGCCACCUCUUUCAAAAGAUUCAAUGGUCAAAUCAGAAAUUACCAAUAGUUCCAAUAAUAAAUCUAAUGGCAGCGUUGAAAAAAAUACUGCUGUUAAAAAAACAGGAGACAUUAAAAAUGGGAAAAAUACCAAGUCUGGUAAAAAUAAAACCGCUAAUAAAUUGGGACUCAAAUUUUAUCCUGGUGCUAAAUUGGAAGCUAAAGAUUUCAAUGAAAAAUGGUACGCUGCACGAGUUGUAGAAACAGAUUGGGCUGAACGGGAAGUGUUGAUACAUUUUGAUAAAUGGAGUUCUAGGUAUAAUGAGUGGAUUCCAAUGGACAGUUCUAGAUUAAGAAGUUUCCAAAUGCAACCUAGUGAACAAGUGUGGGUGCUACCGGAUCAGGAUACGAAAAUGCGUGAAUUUGCUGUCGGGGAAAGAAUUUUAGCAACGUGGGCAGAUGGAAGAAAAUAUCCAGCCAAAGUAAAUGCAGUUUUGGGAGACGAUAAAUAUGAUGUUCUAUUUGAUGACGGUUAUGCUAAAAUAGUUCGAUCAUCGAAAAUGACUAAAAUUGCGUCCACAAGUUCUAAGAAUUCAUCAAAAACAAUGGAGCCGGAAUCUUACAUUGGUAGUAAACAAGAACGGAGAGACAAAAGUAGAAAACAUUCAGUCGUCGAUUUAUUUUCCCACAAAAAAAGAGCUAAAGCAGAAGGAGUUGAUAAAUCACUAACCAAAAAAGAUGAUAGUGCCGUUGUAAAUGACAGUAACGAACAAUUAAAUAAUACCGAUAGUAUUAACGACAGUGCUGAUGCAACUGCUGGUGAACUCGAUGACUCGAGCACGGAAGUACUACAGGGUUUUGAAAAUUCAAAACCAAAAGUUAGGAAUGGCGUCAAAAGAAAACGUGAAGUAGUCAAUGAUUGCGACGAUGAUACUGGGCCAGAGUGGGUCGACGGUGAACCACAGGGUGUUGAGUCAUUUGUUGUCGAUGGUAACGAAGGUUCGCGUCGUUCCAUAAUAAUACCAGAUAAAAAGUUACCACCUGGAUGGCAGAAACAUUUUAUUCAGAGAAAGACAGGAAGUUCUGCUGGUAAAUGGGACGUCGUCUUCUUCCAUGAGCCGACUUGUAGAAAAUUUCGAUCAAGAAAUGAUUUGAAAGUUUUCUUUGAAUCCCAGCGCCCAAAUAAUUAUGAUCCAGAUAAAUUUGACUUUUGUAUUCAUCGCAGAAAAAAAACAAUUUCUGCAAAAGCUAAAACAGAUACUGGUGCUAGCGGUAGUAGCAAUCCACCAGCGACUAAUGAAGUGCCAAAAAAAAUAAAAACACUUUUACCUAAAAGUAAAACCGCUACGACAAAUGAUUUGUUAUUGACACCAGUAACUAAUAAUUAUUCUGCUCCGAAUCCUGCGCCUGUGGAAGAUACUGCAGUUUUUAUUGGUGGCCUACGAGUCGAGAUGGAGAACAGUGCAUACAAAUGUCCCAAAGACGGAUGUGCCAAAACACUUCGUAACGAGAAUCUUUUGCAAAUGCACAUAAAACAUUAUCACCCAGAGUUCUCAAAGUAUUUAGGAUCAACACCAAAUGUUGCUGACUUAGCGUACGCUCGUACAAUAGGCGAACCCAUAAUUGAUGCAACUCCGAAAAAAUCAAUCAACAAUUAUGUCGAUAAACCGUCUAGCCGAUUUGACAAAAGAAAAAACAACUCUGAUAAAUUUUCAUCAUCUCUGCCUCAUUCGCAUGGUCCAUCUUUUACCGCAUCUUCUCCGUUGCAUGUUGCGUCACCGGAUACGUCUCAAAUUGAGAGUCAGUUGAACGGAUUGAAGGAUGACAUGAAACUUGAACUGAUGUCACCUGGUUCAAGUGCCUCUCUAGAUAUUGAUGAUGAGUUGACCAAAAAGUCUGACGGUAGCUGUGCAAUGUCACCUGGUUCACUGUUCGAUUUGAAGUCGAAAGAGGAAAAAACUCAAGCUGGAAUAAAAACACUGUUGCCUCUGCGACCUGCUAAUUCAGUAGACACUACUCGAAUGGAUCGUUCUAAAUCCCUUGAUGAUACUUUUAAUUCUGAUAGAGGGCAACGGAAACGUCAAUUGUCUGAGUACAGCUCUGAUGCUUCGACCAAAAGUAAAAAACGUCAUGGCAUACAGGAGCUUACGGAUGAUUAUGGGGAUUUAGAUGACAGCGCAAUGGAUACCGAAGGACCUACACCACUUGUCUAUAGAUUCAGUCGUAGAAAGUCUGACUCUAAGAGCGACGAUAACAGCCAGAAUGGUGACGGUGUGAUGAUGAUGAUAAAUGGCGAAAUGGUAAAGGUCGAACAAUUGAAACGGGAAGAAAUAAUAAAUUGUACUUGUGGUAUUGUCGAAGAAGACGGACUUAUGAUACAAUGCGAUUUGUGCCUUUGCUGGCAACACGGUCAUUGCAAUGCUAUUGAACGGGAAAAAGAUGUACCGGAAAAAUAUAUUUGUUAUAUUUGCCGACAUUCGUAUCGUCAGAGGCCAUCGAAAAAAUAUAUACAUGACCAAGACUGGAUCAAAGAAGGCAAAUUACAAAGUUUGUCAAAAAGAGUAAAGAAUCAAGACACUAUCAAUAAACGAGCGGCGAUGUUGAAACGAUCUUAUGAUUUAGUUGGAGCUCUGAUACAGAUCCAACAAAUUCUUCAUAGUUUGAGAGUCAAGAUAAAUGUUGCACAAAACAAAGACCAUCCAAAAUUAUAUUUAUGGGCUAAAAACUGGGAAAAAUCAGAGUUACCCAAACCAAAUGUGGAACCAGUACCAAUAAUGGAGAUAAUUAAAUCAGAGCCAGUAUCAUCGGAUACUGAUACCGAUGUCUGUCAAUCAGACAUCAAAUCAGAGCCAAUGGAUUCUGAUAUUAAAGAGGAAACAAACUGCGAUAGAUCGAUACACUCUGAUUCAGAAUUGAUGAAAAUUCUUGAAGAAGACAACAAUCCUUCUGUAGACGAACCAAAAAUAGAGAAAGAAAAUUUAAUUAAAAAUGAUAAAGAGGACAAUUUAUCAACACCAGCAGCAACAAACUGUGACGACAAAAUUCCACAGAAGAGUAAUAAAACUGAUGGGUCGAAAAUAAUAUCAAAAGAUGGUACGGAAAAUUUAAAUAGUCAGUCAUGCGCGCCGAGUACCGAUCAAGUGUCACUCGCUACAAUAAAUGGAGACGAUUCUUUGAACGUAAAUGAUAAUGAGCAGAUCCAAUCAGCAAAAGGAUUUGAAACAACGUUAGAAGAGAAACCGGCUGUGCCUCAGCCUUUUAUUCCUGAACCGGAAGCUCCAAUAGAUCCUGAUGAAUGCCGGCAACGUUUGUUGGAUCACGUUGAUCAUUUUCAAAAUCAUAUUGAAGCUCGGUUAACUGGCAUUGAAGCUCAAGUAUCUCUUUUAGAAGCCAUGGAUCCUGAUAGUGAUUUACCGUUGGAUAAAGAAGAUCUCCGUGUUAAAGAAACUAUGAAAAUGUUAUUACGUGAUCUCAAUACUGUAAGAAAACUAGCGUCGUUGUGUUAAAUUUUUCUUUGUUAAUUCAAAGUGUCAAAAAUAUUAUAAAUAAAAGUGAUGAUUGUUAAUAA